AUGUACGGUGUCAAUACGAUGUUCAACGUCCUAUACCUGCUUGCGUUUAUACCAUUCCUAUGCUCUGCCGUUACAAUUAAAGGCAGGCUAGACAUAUCACCUAAAGAUAUCACUCAUGAGACUGUUGUUCGAUCUAGUUUUAAACUGUAUCAAGUCGGAAAUAUCACAGGGACUCCAUACAAGGCUCAGGCGUAUUUGAAAGAUAUACAUGGCCACUUUGAAUUUACAGAUGUGCCUAUUGAGGCUGGUAGCACUCCUACAUAUUAUCAGCUGGUGCCGCAAUCACUAGACUACAAUUUAAAGCCUAAUAGAGUACUGAUAGAGAUUAUCAACAAUGGCAAUGAGAACAAUGUUACCAUCAAUGCUUAUCAAAAUAUAUUUGGAAAGGAGCAUUUUCCAUCUCCUGACAUUAUAUAUCCGGAUGAAUUACAGAAGCUAGAUGUUGACCCGGAUAUUGUUAUAACAUACGUACAAGCGGUGCCCUGGAGGUCAUAUUACGUUUCAAGGAAUCCUGGCAUGUUCAGUAGCGGUCCACUUGCCAGUAUAGUGAACUCCAAAUACAAAUUGGCGGCAGUUAUUACGAUAAUCGCCUUGAUGCUGCUUCCGAUUUUGGUGGAGAAAUUCGAUCCGGAAGUUGCGCAGGCCGUUAGAGAACAGAAGUUAACCAAGGUUAAGGAACAGUACGGGAAAUAG